GCCUGAUGAUCGACACAAGGAUCAUUGUGGUUUUUGUUGGCACUUACUUGUGUAUAGUGGCGGCAGUAUUGUAAGAUAGAGGCGAGUACUAGCUAGCUAUACUAGCUAUACGUAUUAAAACAACGGCGACCAUGGCGGCAAGCACAAGACAAAGAGAAGGAGAAGAGGUGGCAUCGGCAUCAGCAGCAGCAAGACACGACAAAAGCCUCACAAUGAGGACUCUGCUGAUGAGCUGUCUGAGCAUUUUGUGCAAUCUGAUGACAAGCUUUCUAUCAGUGAUCCAAGCAGCAAGCCAGAAGCUUGUUGGUUUCAGUCACCAACUGGCACAGCUAGUCGUGGUGCCGCCACUACUGCUGGUACCCGUGGAUCUGUCGGUCGACGACGACGAAGACAUUGUGUCGCAUGCGCCUCCGGGACGUACGAUUUCCUCCGAUACUUCGUCUACUUGCAACGAAGAUGAUGACGAUGACGAUGACGAUGAAGAGACGGAAGAUUGGUGGACUCGUACGAUUCGUCGUUUGCAGGAAAAUGACCCGGAAUUGUACGAACUCGACUUGGAUGCGUCCAUGAUGUACGAAGAACAGCACCGGAAUGGAGAUGGACACGAAGUCUCGCUCCAAGAAGACGUACAAGAUCUAGUGGAUGCACUACAGGACAACACGGUCGUUACGCAUUUGAGUUUGCGCAAUCUGACCAUUAACUCUCCCUCUCACAUUCUCGCACUCGCAAAAGCCAUUCCACAAAUCACGUUUCUGCAGCUAGAAGAUACACGAGGCGCGGGAUUGGAAACGGUCGCCAAGAUUCUACUGUCUGCUGCAAACACUACUACUACUACUACUACUACGACCACCAGCAAAACCAUCAUGGGACGGUUGCAGCAUCCAGCAGCACCAUCAGGAGUAUUACCAUCACCAACACCAACAGUCACACCCCCUUUACUCUCCCAUUUGCUCGAGCUCCGUCUCAACCAUGCGCACAUCUCCAUCCCCGUGGCAAAAAUGCUCGCUCAAGCAUUGGCAUCCCCCUCGGCCAGCAUUCAACGACUGGACUUGCAAGGAAGUCACUUAAAUGACUCCACCAUGAUACCCCUCUGUCGAGCCAUGGCACGCAAUGCAUCCGUACAAUACUGGUGUCUCGAUUUCAACUCCUUUCGUGAUACAGGAGCAAGAGCUCUAGGAUUCAUGCUCCAACGAAACAAAAAGUUGCAAGAAUUGCAUCUCUUUGGAAACAACAUUACCACCGUGGGAGCCGAACACUUGGCCGCCGCUCUGCCUUACAACACAACCCUUCAGUCGCUGGUCUUGUCCCUCAAUGACAUGGGAGAUGCCGGUGUGGCUGCCUUUUCCCGCGCUUUGGUACACAAUACCAGUCUCAAAAAGUUGUGGGUCCCGUCCAAUCAAGUUGGCAAUGCCGGUCUCUACGCGGUGGCGCAGUACUUGCCCCACUGGCAAGGACUGGAAGAAUUGAAUUUGGGUGAUUAUUUUGACACACAUGCCGCAGCAGCCAUUCGCACGUCGUUGCAACACAAUUACGUCUUGAAACGAUUGUAUUUGGAAUCGCCCGUGUACGAUUGCGAACAAACCGAACGAGAAAUUGACUUUUACUUGCGGCUCAAUCAAUGCGGGCGGAAACCGUGGUUAUGCGACGAAAGUAUGCUAUUGCCGGCAUCUUUGCAACCGCAUGCUCUGGUCAAAACGCACGGAUACACCAGUGCCAUGGGAUCUCCCGAUGUUCUCUUUUACUUGCUGCAACAUCAACCCAAUAUGUGCGAACAACCGUCCCACAAUCAUUGUCCAUCCAGACCCACGUCCGUUAUUCAUGAUCCACGAGAAACAGAUGAUGAUGAGUAAAGAGCAUGAUGUGUGUUCGAAUCGAAACCAUGAAUACCUGACCCGCGUACUACAAGCUAGACUAGUAGUACAGCACAACUUCAGGAUCAAAGAAAUCAUUGCCAGCCAUGGCAAGUGGCGCUCGUAACGAGAACGCCACAACGAUGAAUCCCUUUGAUUUUUUAAAACCUUUGAUGGUAGUCCUAAACUAGUUGCUUCGGAUAAAUAUC